AAUAGCUUCUUAAAUAUUGCCAUAUAAUCAGAGAUUUAUAAGUCAAUGGGUUUAUUGCUAUAAUUUAUAAGGAAAGCGUACGCUAUCAAAAUCAAGCAUACACUCCUACUAAAUCCCCUAACUUAUUCAAAAUUUAAAACCGGCUUUCAAUACUCCUAUAAAAAGGGGAACAUUAACUGUGAAAUUAUCAGUAACUAUUCAGAGUCACAACAUGAAGUUCCUAGUAGUUUUCACUUUGCUCUUGGCUUCUGCCUACGCUUCACCAGUACUCUUCCAACGUCAAUUGGAAGUUCCAGUUUUGGCUGAUGACCUAGAAGGACGCAUUACCAAUGGUCAAACCGCUUCUCCUGGCCAGUUCCCGUACCAAGUUGGAAUUUCAUUGAAAUUGAGCAUAAUCUCGUCUUCCUGGUGUGGUGGUUCUUUGAUUGGCAACCAAUGGGUUCUUACCGCUGCUCACUGCACUGAUGGUGUUCAAUCUCUGACUGUCUACUUGGGCGCAACCGUUCGUAGCUCGCCCGAAGUUCAAAUUGCCGUACCCAAGAGCAACAUUAUCAUCCACGAAAAUUGGAAUGCCCGUACUGUGAAGAACGACAUUUCCCUCAUCAAAAUCCCAUCUGUUUCCUACUCCAGCAGAAUACGACCUGUCAACUUGCCCGCUAUCUCAAACUCCUACUCCAACUAUGUUGGUACAACAGCUGUUGCCUCCGGUUGGGGACUCAUCAGCGAUUCAGCAUCUAAAGUGACAAAUAAUUUGCAAUACGCUUACGUGCCAGUGGUUGCCAACAGUGUCUGCUCCCGUGUUUAUGGCUCUUCGGUUGUGACUUCAACUAACAUAUGCAUUUCAACCGCCGGUGGUAUUUCUACUUGCAGAGGUGAUUCUGGUGGCCCAUUGGUAGACACCUCCUCAAACGUACAGAUCGGUUUGACUUCAUUCGGUGCUGCCGCCGGCUGCGCUAAGGGUUACCCAGCUGCCUUCACCCGUGUGACCAGCUACGUGGACUGGAUUAAGAGCAAAACUGGCAUUUCUGCUUAAAUUUUGUAUUGACAGAUUUGAUUAUGAAUUAAUUACAGUUGAGAAUUUAAA